AUGUGGAUGCAAGGCGACGAUGUCGCGUGGGAAGAAAGCGACCGCAUCGAGAGAGAAUGGCGCGAGAGUCUCUUGACGACUCCGACCAUGCUAGCCAUUGGCAACUUUGUCGCCAAGCACCGCCAGGGCGUCCCUCAAGAAAUCGGCCCUCUCAAAGCGGGCGCAUUCAACGCCCUAUUUCGCUUAACCUAA